CUGCCAGUUGCACUUUGGCGGUCGGACCGUUUGGAUUUGUACGGAAAUUUCGGAGCAACUUCCGGUGGAGCACAUUUGCUAUUCAGCGUGUAACUCGUGUGGAUUCGCUCGUGGUGUUUGUUUUGUGGCGGAUUUUCUCAAUUUCCCGGAAGUGGGAAGUUCGACACAAUUUUGCGCCCUUUGUGCUCAAGUGGCUCCCCGGUGUGAAUGGUGGUGUUGUAAAUGAAGCAGACUAUUGGUCCUGUCGGUUAACCAUGGUCCAGUGGUGACUCGUGAUGGAUUGAACGGCAAACGUUAAAAAAGUGGAAUUAAUUUAGUCGCUUCCGUCAUAUGUUUAUUGGCACGGGUGCUUUGUGUAAAUGUUGAUGGUGCUAAUAUUGGAUAUUAGUUUUAUUGAUGGUGAGCGACCGAGGCGUGUUGAUGAUGGCGGUGUAAAUAUCUAUUACCAUUAAAAAAGGGAGUUCCACGUCGAUACAUUUUCCAAUCGACUUAAUUAUAGUGGUUUAAGGUGACUUGUUACGUUGAUUUUUGUUUAAUUGUACAGCAGCACAUUAAAAGAUUUCAUAAAAAUUCAGCAUCAACUGUGUAUUUCUUGGUGUCUCAUGUAGAUGCACGAGAAUGAAAAUUCCAAUUGCAGUUCAUGGAUGAACUAAUAGGACAAUUUUUACUCGUUUUCGCAGUCUUUGUGCUUUGGAUGAAGCCGGAAUCGUUAGCCGAGAACACCCAUGAGCUCAACAUUGGUGCUGUUCGCCUACACAAUGCUUCCAGAGUGCUUCAGUUGAACAUUUCGUGGGAAGGGGCAUUUGCGCAGAAAAGCUCUCUAUACGAUGUGAAAAUAAAUCACAUCCCAACGAAGAAUUGCUCAAUCGAGCGAUCCCUCUUCGCCGAUCGAUCGGACAUCAAAUGCGCUCCGGUUGUGGCUGAAACGGAAUUGACAACACUUUUACUGCCCCGGGACACACGUGCACUGCACAAACACGAAUGUGAAAUUUUACCAUCGUGCGUCUACGAAGUGGUGGUGAAACCUCUGGAUUUCAUCAGCACGCUAAAACGAGUGUACCAUGUACCAGACUGUGUUAACAGCCUCUGCUCCUGCUUCCAUGAAAAGUUCCUGCCGUCCAUCCGCACCAAUGCAUCCAUUUCUUCUGACCACCUGGUGGUCAACUGGACACUUGGAGAAUACUCCCGCAAUGCGCUCCCAGACGAUGUUUCAUUGGACUAUAUUACGAUUACCGUUCGCCGGGGACUGAACGAGGACCUGCAUUGGGGUGGACAGGAGAGCAGCAAAAAAUCGUUCAACUUGCCCGUGGCGUCAGCCGGCGGUUUCCAAUUUAACGUUGCCGAUUUCCAGGGUAACAAGACGAUUUUUCUCGUGCAUGCUGCCCUGUACGACAGCAGACGGUGCUUUUCCGAGGCUUCACCAGUCAGAGUUUUUCUUUCGGUUAAGGAUUCUCGGCCCGAUGCUAUUCCGUCCGAAGAAGCGGUUGCUGCAGAUUCCAGAGCAAUUAAGGCCACAGCUAUUGCACUGGGGGUUCUGAUUUUGCUGGGUGUGUUAGUGAGUGCUACGGUCAAUAUCCGGCGAAAACGCAAAUUACGUAGAGUUAAGCAAAACUGGCCGAAAGUCGUAGCAAGUGAAAAUCAUCAUUUUCCUUCAAUUCCAAUGGAAGAAAAUCGUCUUUACGUCGAAAAGGAAAUUGAGGAGGCUCGCGCACGAGGUGAUGCUGAUAUGCUUGAGGUGGCCCACACCUGUCUGCGGAUCGGACGUGAAAUCGGCAAGGGGGCCUUUGGUCGCGUUUUCAUGGCCAGUGCAGUCAACAUCGCGGGAUGUCCUGACCCUUUGAUAGUGGCCGUAAAACAACUUAAAAAGAGCUCAAAGACGGAUGCAUUCGAUGAAUUCUUGGACGAGAUUGCAAUGAUGAAACGCGUCGGUCGGCAUCCCAACAUCGUUACUCUCCUCGGAUGCUGCACCAUCAAGGAACCACUGACGAUGAUAAUGGAGUACAUUGGCUGUGGCGAUUUGCUCGAGUAUUUGCGGAAAGUUCGUUUCAAACAUGAGGCCAGAACAGCAGCGCAAAAAUCGGAGGGCUCCUGCAGCACCCCAGCGAACCCAAUCGACAGCACUAGUUUGCAGCGGUCAACAUCGAAUCAAUCUGAAAUAACGGUGUUUGGAUCGACCAUUAAGUACCUGGACAUUGGACACGCGUCUAGCUCAAAUUCGGACGCCUCUUACAUUGCACAGCCUGAAACGCUGGUGAGGCCAUCACUGACUGACACACUGUAUACUACUUUAAGCGGCAAGACUGCAAAGUCAAGCACGUCGAUAGAGUACGUUCUGGAUCACAAUGAGCUGCAUGACUUUGCACAACAAAUUGCAUGUGGUAUGCACCACUUGGAGAAAAUCAAGAUAACCCAUCGUGAUCUAGCAGCGCGGAACAUUCUGAUCGAUGAGAGGAAAACGCUGAAGAUAUCCGACUUUGGAAUGUCACGAACAGGCAUUUACGUCAAUACUAGGAACAAAAAGGUUCCCCUCCGGUGGCUCUCUAUCGAAGCAAUGAGAGACAAUUUCUACUCUAGCAAAAGCGACGUGUGGGCAUUCGGCGUUGUGCUUUGGGAAAUUGGAACCCUCGGUGGUUUUCCAUAUCCGUCAGUGAGUAAUCACGAGCUGUUGGCUUUCCUGCAGGAGGGAAAUCGAAUGGCAAAACCAGAAAAUAUUACCCCCGAAUUGUACGAACUAAUGCAAAACUGCUGGAAACCCAACCCAGAUGACCGACCCUCAUUCCGUGAGAUCCGAACGUUUCUGGAGCCACACCGCCAGAUCUACAUCGACUUCAAUGAAAUUGAACCCUCCUACGUGUUUCCACCGACUGCCGAGCAGUGCCGCCAAACGAUGGCAAACAACAAAUCGUAAAGUUCGUUGCUAUUUACAGGUCACAUUACUCGUGUCGACAACUGUCCCACCUUUAGCAGCAUCUGACAUGGAUGGUGCUUGGAUCCCUUUGCUGUGCGUUUGAACCAAUGGUUGUGCAAAUCAAUGUUACAGUGGAUGUUUCUGCUCUAUCAGUGUACAAAUCUUGCAAUACCAGAUAAACAGUAUUCAUUAGCCCGAGUCAAAACAUAAAAGGUGCACCAAUCACCCCUCCCACCCCCAUUAUGACAAGUUUUACACAGCAAAAAGUAAUAAUGCAACUGCUUGUGUUGAAAAAGUUUUGUUAUUUUGACAUUUUGACUCAUACAACUUGAAUUCCAAGGUUUAAAAAACGGUUCUACAGCUAUCGAUACAUUAACCAUGUGCGGGUGCAAAAUGGAGUUAAACUUUCCGAAGUGAUAUGGUAAACUUCACAGUAACUGCACAGAAAGUUUAACUCCAUGUUGCUGAUUUAACAGAGCUGAUUUCGAUUAGAGAAAGGGUAAGAAUUGGAUAACUAUUGCGCCCUCCACAGGUAAAAUCUUAAACAGUUGCUCUUUUGCAUACAUUCUGACGAUUUUUCCCAUACAAACUUCGAGCGAUUAGAGGAAGGGGUUACCGUGGUCGUAAGGAGCUCAAAUUUUGAAUUUAGCCUUGUGAUGAGCCAAUUCAGGGGAUGCCCGGAUUUGGACCACCCUAAUGAGUACGGACAAUCAUUUGACCUUGUUUUUUUUUUUACUUUUUUCAGCAAACAAUUAUGUAUUUUUCAAAUUCAAUAACAAGAUCUUGAAGAGGACAUAAAGUUGAUUCUUUAGUCGAAUUGUAUGUACUUUAAUAUCGAAAAAACAUUCAGUUCAGCGGGGUACGGACAUAUAUUUGAUUCACUAUAUGUUUUUCUCAAGAAUUAUAAACAGCAUGAAAAAAAAAACAAAAGUGCUCGGAUCGGGCUUAAAAUUUUGCUGGCGAUUCUCUAGCCGAAAUAAUUAGACACGUAUUAUUUUUGUUUGGCCGUUAGGGUGACCCCCACUGUAUGAGUUUGGUCCGAAAAAUGUCCAUUUUCGCAUAAACCACAUUUUUCAAUAAAUCAUAAGUGGCGUAUUUGGGUACCAAAAUUUUCGCAAUUGAAAGAUGCUACUUUUGUUACCCAAACAAGUAUAGCUGUAAAUCUAGAGUGUUAUUUGAAAAAGUCAUAUUUAUAAACAUAGGAAAUCCCGUCGCUUAUAGGACCUGUUGGAGAAAAAAAUACCCUUGAAAUGUAUAUGUUGCUUGCUAGCAAAGAAACAUCGAAUUUAAAACUAGUAUAUAUCAGGAUUUUUGUACUUUUGAUCUUAGAACCAAUCAAUAUCACAAAAAACUGAUUUUUAUUUUUUGAUGAAAAAAACAAAAAAAAAGAUUAUUCAAAAUCACAAAUGAUGUCAUCAAACCUUGCACCAUUCUUGUUUACAUCAAAUAUUUGCUAAAUAAAAUUAAAAAAAAACUACAUUGAUUCAUGAUUUUAGGGCACAUUCUUGUUGUAUCAACACAUUUUUUCUUCGAAACUUUAAGCAAAGUAUUCAAUUUCCUACAAAUCGACAUUCCUUUUUCUGUGACGUUACAACGCCUUGCUUUUCUUGGGUGCAAUAGUGCAAAAUAUUUUUUUUUCAGUUUCCUUAAAUUUUAUUAUUGAUUAUCAACUUUUGAUGAUCAACUAGAAUGUCAUUUCAUAAUUAAAACAUAACAAAUAAACCAAGCCGUAAAUUCGUGAUGUACAAGUGCUAAGAAUAUGUAAUAGAUGUUUAAAACAAAAACACACAAAGAUCGCACCCAACAUGAGUACAACGAUGAAAGUGUUUUUAUUUUUCAACGGCAACGUUUCAAAUACUCCAAUCAUCCCGCAAAUAAUGACUCGGUGUUAAGAACAUAAAAUCGUAUUGAUUUGUAAUUAAUGGUGCUGAUGACUGUAGUAGAAGGACAACACAAAGAACCAUACUAGCUGUUAAUCUGUGAUACAUUGUGAGUUACAAAAUUUAUUAAAUUUACACUGAGAUGUUUAACGUUUUACUGUGA